GCUAAGGGCCAUUACCUGUGUGCCUGAAGACGAAGAAGAAGAAAAAGAGCGCGUGAACAGAACGGCACACUGUUGCAUUGGAGUGUUGAUGAAAGCAGAAUGCCUCGUGUGUAGCGUGUUCAACCUCAUCCUGUGGGCGGUCUCAUACAUGAAAGCAUGCAGAUGGAGUGCAAGAGGAGUUCGGCUCUGCAGAUGUUCUUUCUCUGCGGCUUGGCCUUCCAUCGCAUGGCGGAGAAAAAAAUUACGGAACCCGGAAUAAUGUGCCAUGUCCUGGACGAGUAUAGGAAGUGCUCCUCGGACGCCCUGGCCAACACGCACUGCACUAAUGACAGCGCCCUACGGGAGCACGUCCACUACUUCUCCUUCACGGCUGUUGAAGAACACGCGGCAUCCUGUCCUGGCACGGCAUAUUCAGUCCAAAAUAGUCCACAAAACAAAACUGAAGAUGGCCCACAAUGUGAAAAACGAGGGGUGUUGCGAGAGUUUUUCUCGUGCGGUUUCGAGUUGAACAGGAAGUGGGGAACCAAGAGGAGUCUGUUGAAAGAUACCUGGAGCAAGACUGAUCAAGCGCUUUGCAAUUCUAUGGAAGCGUUCAACACGUGCGUGAGUGACGCCAUCAAUGAAUUCAAAUGUGACGUCGAGAUGAGCAGACACAUGCUGUCUGUGAAGAGAACGGUCAUCGACACCAUCACUGUCCAUUGCAGCAGAAUGGUCCAGCAACCCAGAAUUAUACCCACAGUGUUUACGACGAGAAACUAUACGGGAUCCAUGAUCAACUGCAAUUAUAGAGAGAUGGUGCGAAGGUACUCAUUCUGUGCCGUAUCCUUUUACGCCGACAUGGAAAGCAGACAACUGCCAUUACCGGAUAAAGAGAGAUGUGGGCUGGUAAAUGAAUUCACCCAGUGUGACAGUACGGCUUCCGCCGAUACCAGUUGUAACUCUCCCCCACAUAUGCUCAUGGACCUGAAUUACUUCACGGAUGUCUUAAUUCAGCACUACGGACAAAAUUGUGCCUACGUCACCAGAUAUGUGACGCCGGUGACACCACCUGGACCUGCUGCUCCACCUGGUCCUACCGGCCAAAAAUGUGAUAGGGACCUGCUACGGCGCUUUUUCGGCUGCGGCAUAGCGUUACAAGUCGGUCUGGAAACGACUGACCCCUGCACAUGCCUGAACCAGUACGUGACAUGCUACCAAAAGGCAAAGAGAGACCUGAGCUGCAACAGCAAGGUAUCUCGCUACGUGUCGGAGUUGUCCUCCGAAAUGAGGAACACCUACAACGUCACUUGUGUCAACAACAAGUAUAUGUCCAGUGGGCACCUGCCCCUCAAGUGUGAUGCAACUGAAGCCAUGAGGCGAUUUUUCCUCUGCGAUCUCUCGUAUUUUCGGAUGGGCACAGAACAUGGACAAGAGACAGUCUGCAAGUUAGUGAAUGACCUGAAUGAGUGUGUCGCCAGACUGGAAUACCAGACAGGAUGUACCAAGUCUGCGUUCCACCAGCACGCUUCCAAUGUUAUCAGCAAAGUGACGUCUUCAGCUAAAAUGCGAUGUAGCGACAACUUGCAAGAUGGUUUCAUGAAGAAAGUGCAGACAGCCACCCAAAAGAAAAAAUGUGACGUUUCCGGAGCGCUAAAGAGAGGACUUCUCUGUUCCAUUGGUUUCCAGAAUUUCUUAGACCAAAGACUAACAAGGCGACGAGCAAGCAAAGAGGAAAUCUGCCCGUUCGUCAACGACUAUGAGAACUGCAUUGAGAGCGCGAGUGACGCCACUUCUUGCGCUACAGACGUUGCUCUCACCGGCCAGCUAAUGUCCUACAAGCAACUCCUCGAAGAUGAGUACCAAGUUCACUGUCGUAUGCAGGGCCCAGCGCUGGUGCGACACACACCGGACGACGAGAGGGCUCACGACGAAUCUCCGGAAUCUCCGGAUCUUAAAGAAUACGAUCUUGACCAACUAGAACAACCGAGGAAUAAACGGAAGAAUGAAGGAGAGUCCCGAUCAAAUCAACAGGCGAAUGAGGGUGCCACGAGGAACGCAAAUCCUGACCGAAAUAAAGAACGUGCUGCCAAACGACAUCGAAGUGAAAAUGCUGAACGAGGUCCGAGACGUCAAGAUGCUAGACAUAGCAAGAGGGACGAUGCGUCGUACGACGACUACGAUAAUGGACCUCAAGAAUCUGCCUAUGACUACGACUUGGAUGAAGGACAGCACGCACCACAAGACGAAGGCUUUCUAGAGGAUACGAUAGACAAAAAGAGUGCUUUGCUCGGGGACCCUUUCUUCAAAGGAAACUUGGUUAGGACUAGAAGAAGGGAAAGGAGCGUCUCCAAGCAGCUAGAUGAACAGGAAGACACACCAAUCGCACCCAAGAUGACAAGAAAGGACGAAUGCGAUGCCCACAGGUACAAGUUGGACCUGAAGAAGUGUGACAGGGGCAUCAUGGACGAAGUAGCCACCCUGUACAACAUGACUGCAAAGCUGUCUCGUAGUGCCAUGAGAGGAGCCAAAGGAUCUGCGUGCCUGGCUAUCCAGGAUUUCGAGGCUUGUCUCAAUAGGGCCCAGGUGAAGCACAAGUGUUACGUCUUGGACGAAUCGCAUAACAUGUCUAUCAUAACGGCGCUUCUUGCAAGAGCCUUUGACGUGGACUGCAGAGAUGCUCGUCUUAUGAAACAACUCGAUUACGGGCCCGAGGAAAGGCAUUGCAACGCCAGCAUGCUCUCAAAGUCCUACUCCUAUUGCGCUGUGGCCUUCUAUGCGGAGAUUGAAGGAAGACUAGUAAUUGAGAAUGAUACCGCGAUAUGUCCAGUGGCCAGGGAAUUCACCAGGUGCAGCGACUUGGCGUCCAUCAACAGCCAGUGCUCGAACACAAAGUUUCAAGAGCCCACUAACUAUUUCACGGCUGUGCUGCUGGAGAGCUACAGCAAAUUAUGUAACCUGAACGUCAUUGAUACAACGCAGCCGCCGCCGCGACAUUAUGAGCCCCAAUGGACGCCAGCGCCACCUUCCUGGCAGAACCCCGUCGAGAUGAAUCUACCUAACAUUCCUGCACAUUCUCCCGGUGGAGAAUGCGGUCCAGGCGGACCUGGGGGACCUGGCGGCAUCGGCGGCCCUUUCGGGCCAGCGGGGCCUCAGGGUCCGGCUGAUGGAGAGCCGGGAGGCAUUGGAGGCCCAGGCGGUCCCGGUGGUCGAGGUGGUCCAGGUGGUCCUGGAGGUCCAGGUGGACCCAAUUGCACCUGUAACAGAACUACAACGUCGCCGACCACAACUACAACGACCCCACCACCAACGCCAACGCCGGCAACGGUGACGACGACACCGACAACGACGCCGUCGACAACAACCACCACAACGACGACCACUACAACGACGCCAUCGACCACACCGGUGUUCACGACUACCACCCCACCGCCACCACCGUCAACGGAGUCCACUUGCCUUCAGAUCAAUACGUCGUACGAGUACCCCGGGGGCUGCAACAAGAAGGAACUGCUGCGGCAAUUUUUCACUUGUGGUAUAACCUUCCAGACCAACUUGGAGCUCAAGAAACCGGAGUGCCAGUGUUACCACGACUACAAAAAGUGCUUCGAAGAGGCCAAAAUUGCGCUCAACUGCACCGCCACCAAUGACGCACAGGAUCCUCUUUUCAUCACGGUCAACAUCCUCUCUGAGCUGAUGACCACCAUGUACAAUGUCAAGUGCAUAAGUUACGCAAGUCCGCUAAUACUGCAAAGCUGCAACAAGAUCUUUGCACUGAAAAAAAUCGUCAUGUGCUCCGUGACGUACUUCUCUCAAACAGACGACAGGCUCUACUUUACUCCUGGUGCUCACGACGUUUGCAGCGCGGUUACGGAUGCUCACAAGUGCGUGGCAUCUGCCGAGUACAGAAGCCACUGCACCGAUACGGAACUCUUCAGGCAGGGCAAACGGUUCAUCAAGCACGCUACACAAGAUGCCUCGUGCUCGGUCGAUAUGUCGGCCAUAAGUGGUCAAGCUCUAUCGCCUCGCAAGUCCAAGUGCAGGACGACUACGGUUACCAAGAGAGCUCUGACUUGUGCUCUUCAGUUCCAGAACACGAUUGAAGCGGAACGAUCGAAGGACGCUCUCUGCGAACACGUCUCGACGCUGCACAGUUGCUUGGAAGGAUCUAUGGAAGGCACGGAAUGUUUUGGCGAACAAAACAUGCAUCUGCAGUUGAGGAUGUACCAGAGAGUUCUUCAGGACAGCUAUAAGAUCAACUGCAACCCUGCUCAUGUUCAAGUGUACAGUGAGAUUGGGGAGACGUUCAGGAAGAAGGCUCUCAAGAGGUACUUGAAAGGCAGCAUGGCAAAGCAGAAUUACAGACCCAGCAAGACAUCUUUCCUGAGUAAUAACGACGACCCGCUAUUUGGACACGAUCUGUUCCAUGACAGACCCGAAUUAAAAGUAAAAGUAUUGCUCUCUGGUAACGUUACUUCAGGUCCCUGCAGGAGCAAAGGUCUUGAGAACGAACUGCAGAACUGCAACGCUACUUUUGUCCAACAAACAUCUGCGUGGUUUCCGGUCAUCAUGCAAAGAAAUGCCUCAGCAAAAGAAAAGCUCACCAUUUGCAGUGACCUUCGUAAUUACAAUUCCUGUUUAGUAUCUGCCAUGCAAGUUACAGGCUGCCAAGACCACCUGCCGACACUCCACGCGGUCCUGCUGGAACAGCAGCUCAAGUAUGGACUAGGUUUCUGCUCUGUCGCUUCUCACGCAUCGUCCCUGUGGAUUCUUCUUACGAUCCUCGUUGCAGUAGCCCUUACUGCAGAGUAAAGCGAAUGGCUCAUCUUUCUAUGCAGGGAACCGUUUUGCAUUGUAGUGAUUUCUUCAGGAAACAGAGUAAACCACUACACCGUA